AAAAGCCAAAAAAUCCGAGUCCGUAGAAAUUUGGUGCUUUGAGAGAAAAUGAAAGCAGCACUGUCAACACUAAUCAGCUCCAAGAAUCUCAACCCUCACUCCUCCUCCUCCUCUUCUCUCUGCCGCUCCAUUUGCCUCCGCCCGAACCCUCUCUCCCCUCCGCCGUAUUUCCUCUCUCCAAUCGCACCCUCCAAAGCCCUCACCACCAACAUCCGCAUCGGUCUCAGCCGCAAGUCCCAGACCCGCUCUGCAAAUUUCUCGUCGGUAAUGGCGUCGGUUUACAAGCCCGAAGAAGCCAGGGUCCCGCCUGCCCUUCCCCUGCCCACUCCUCCCGUCACCAAGUUUAAGAUUGGGCUGUGUCAGUUGUCUGUGACGCCGGAUAAGGAGAGGAACAUUGCCCAUGCUCGCAAGGCCAUCGAGGACGCCGCCGCAAAGGGUGCCCAGCUUGUUCUUCUACCUGAAAUUUGGAAUGGUCCAUAUUCAAAUGACAGCUUCCCGGUUUAUGCUGAGGACAUUGAUGCAGGCGGCGAUGCAUCUCCUUCAACAGCCAUGCUGUCUGAAGUUGCUCAACGUUUGAAGAUCACCAUUGUUGGUGGAUCUAUAGCGGAGCGUUCUGGGGUUCGGUUGUACAAUACUUCUUGUGUCUUUGGCACCGAUGGAAAGCUGUUAGCUAAACACAGGAAGAUACACCUAUUUGAUAUCGACAUCCCGGGGAAGAUUACCUUCAUUGAAUCAAAGACCCUCACAGCAGGGCAGACUCCUACCAUUGUGGAUACAGAAGUUGGACGUAUUGGCAUUGGUAUCUGUUAUGACAUUCGGUUUCCGGAACUAGCAAUGAUUUAUGGAGCAAGAGGUGCUCACUUGAUAUGCUAUCCUGGGGCUUUUAACAUGACUACUGGACCGUUGCACUGGGAAUUAUUGCAGAGGGCAAGGGCUACAGAUAACCAGCUGUAUGUAGCAACUUGUUCUCCUGCUCGGGAUGCUGGAGCCGGUUAUGUGGCAUGGGGCCACUCCACCCUUGUUGGACCAUUUGGAGAAGUACUGGCGACAACAGAACAUGAAGAGGCAAUAAUCAUAGCAGAGAUUGAUUAUUCAAUUCUUGAGCUUAGAAGGACAAACCUUCCCUUACUGAAGCAAAGACGAGGCGAUCUUUACCAAUUGGUAGAUGUUCAGAGGUUAGAUUCUCAAUGAUUGCAAAUGGGUAGAAGAUCCCUCUUAUGCCUCAAGGAAGGAAAGUGUCAGCGACAAAUUGCGUUUCUUAUUACAAAUAACGAGAGCCUGUUGUUAUUAUCGAAAACCGGAAUUAUUGUGUGUAUUUAGUAACAAGGGGAAGCGAACCCUUGACAACGCAUGUUGUGAACUUAAACCAGACUGGAGUUUAUCAAAUCUCAGUUUCAGAUUGGUGUGAACCAGAGUUGGAAAACUCAUUAAGAUGUCUGUGGGCUUGAUGCUGUAGGAUUGCGAAAAAUCGGUUGGAUUGGGCCAAGGCCGAUACAUUCUACAUCCAUUGUUGGACCGAUGGAUUUCUUCCAACAUUGUCAAGAUAAGUAUCACGAGAACAAGAGCUAGUUGAUACAAUACGAUGCAGUAUGGUCCCCUCUCGCAAUUAUACAAUAGCGUUUACGGUAUAAGAAAGAAUUCCAUCAUCCAUCGCAGUCUUGUAAAAGAGAUACGACAAAGCCGGCACAGAAGAAUUUUCAUGUCGAAGCUUUAAACUGAUGUCUUCUUUGUGUCUGGUUGAAAGGCAGGGGAGUCGAGAUUUUCAGCGACAUGGCAAACUGAGAUGUCCUGUUAGAAUAUUGGAAGGAGGAGGACUGUGGGGCCUCUACAAAAGUAUUGGGCCCUGGAAUUGCACGUGAAGACAGAGAGAACAAGAAAGCGAGAGCGACUCCUUUAAUUGCUUUUGUAAGAAAUAUUUAGGGAUGGAAAAUUUUGCCAUAAAAAAAUUUACCGGCUGAAUCAUACCGGUCGGCUCAUAAUGGUAUGGUAUAAUUUUGGUA